AUGAACGAGUCGAACUCACCCUGCCCCCUCAGGCCGCAUGAGGUCCACGGUGCAGAGCGAGGAGGCGCGGGUGUAUCGGAAACGGCAGCCCUUCUUGCUGCUCAUAGCAGCACGACGGUUGAAGCAGCAUCGCUGAGACGCAUUGGCGACUUUCUGCGUCUCGUCGAGCACCUGCAGCAGCAGCAACAACAGCAUCGGCAUGAGCGCUCGGGAACGGUUGUUCUUUCGGUCGGGGGGGCCGUUGAUGAUGCUUCUGGUCAGGGAAGCAGCAACGCACUUCGUCAGCAGGCACACCAGCAGCAGCAACUUCUUCCUGCGCUGCGUGCGCUGCUGUGUGACUUGAAGGGCAUAUGCGACUCAGCCCAGGCUCCCAGCAGCACUGCGAGCAGCAGUCUCACCAUCAGCGGCGCGAAAAGCAGCAGCUCCAGCACUGGUAACAGCAGCAGCAGCAGCAGCAGCAGUAAGUGCAAGAGCGACGAUGACGCAGCAGUAGCUGCUGGAGCUGCUCUGCGUCCGGCUGUACGCUCAGUAGUUGAGGGGAUGCUGGGAGCCACGGAACCAAUGGGGUUUCCGGAUCAUAAAAGUCUUUUAAGGUCUCUGCUUGCUAUAGAGGGAGUGUCUUCGGAGACGGAGAGGCUCAGAGAGACUCUGUCUGCUGCUAGAAGUAGGAGGACCUACGUGGAGACGUGCAUCAGUCCGCUGCCUCCUUCCUUGUCUCCCGAAGGCGUGAGUUCGCCGAUCUACCCUGCAGAGGGCGGCGCUGCUGCUGAGGCUGCCAGUGAAGGCGCCCCCUCGACGCUGCGGCUGUUGCGGCAGGAGGCAGAAGCAGCAGUGCAAGAAGCCUUGGCAACUCCCCGGCUGCUCUCCAUGGAGGGAGGCACUCUGAGAGCAGCGCAAGCCGUGAGGCUUUGCGGGCAGGGUACAGCUGCCUGCUCCCCCCGCUUCAUCCCCAAGUACAGAGGCGACAUCCGCUGCCGCACGCCUUUCGGCGCAGCAGCGGCGGCAGCAGCAACAACUGCAGCAGCGGCAGCAGCAGCAGCAACUGCUGCAGGAGCAACAGUCCCAAGCAGCCCCCAAUACCAAGCCUGGCUAGAAGGAGCUUACAUUCCAGAAUUCGACGAAACGGAUGAAUACACGGAAGAUACCGAUGUUGGCUACACGGCGUUGGAGCUCACUCAAAAUGAAUUCCUGGUAGCCUUCUGCGGUUCGUUGAUGGAGGAGGCAACGGGAGGCCCCUCUGGCAUGCAUCCCCUUGUCACGAUGGGGGUUGAGCCUGCUGUUGACGUGAGAGCUGCCAGACUCGAGAUGGCUGCUGCUGCGGCUGCUAGAGCAGCCAGGAUAUCUUUGGCGUGCGCGAAGAAAGGAGCUCCAGCAGCAGGAGCAGAGGCAGCGGAAGCACGACGAGCAAGGGGAACAGCCGCCCCUCGUCGCCGGCGUUUGGCGGCGGUGUCACCGAAAGACGCUUGCCUCGGAAACGGCAGACAGCCCUCAGCAGUACCUGCAGCAGCACGGCAUAGUCGCGUCGUGUCAUCCGAGGACGAAUUGGCUGACUGCGGAAUGCAGGAGCAAGUGGUGUCUGCCUCCGAUGCCGCAAACCUGCUGGAGCAGCAGCAGCGACAACAGCAACAGCUGCAGCUGCAGCAGCAGCUGGCCUACAUAGCAGCGAGAACGUGGGAAGAGGCGUACUGCGAAGGCGACAGACGGCGCUUCAGGAGGCUUCAACAAGCUCGUGCUGCGGCGGCUUUGUCUCUAGCUGCAUACCCCCCCUCUCCAGAUCCAGACUACCCAAGGCGGUGUCGGUUCCAUGGACGCUCCCAGGAGAGUGGGGCCUCCCCUGCCGACUUGACGACCCCGCUCGACGAUUCCGCAGUGUAUGACUGCUUCAAUCUGAAAGUCGUCUUUAAAAGAAACACGACUGGAUGCGACGCCCACAGAGAGCUCGUGCUGCCAUCAGGAGCCCUCCUUGGAGGCCGAUACAGGAUUCAACAUGAGGUGGGGGCUGCAGCGUUUUCCCGCUGUCUGCAAGGCAUCGAUGUAUGCACGGGGGAGCGCGUCUGUCUCAAGGUGAUGAAGAACGAGAAGGAGUACUUGGAUCAGUCUCUAGAUGAGGUUGCAGUGCUGCGUUUGUUGCGAGAGAACGGCGAUCCAGAUGCCUUCCGCUUUUUGCGUCUGCUCGACUGUCUGUACUUCCGCGGCCAUGUGGUGUUGGUAACCGAGCUCCUAGACGAGGACCUAUACACAUUCUCCACAGCCCUAAAGAGGCAUAGGGAGCCUUCCUUUUGGACUCUUGGACGCAUCCAAGUGGCUAUCAGGGAUGUGCUCCUCGCCCUAAAGUUCAUCCACGCACUUCAGAUCAUUCAUGGAGACCUCAAGCCGGAGAACAUCCUCGCGUGUUUCACCAAGCCUCUCGCCGAGUUUCAGAGACACAGACAGGAACAAGACAGACUCGCGCUCAGACAGCAAGCAGAGCAGUGCUCGAGCAGCCAUCGCGUCAGCGACAACGGGGAUGCAAGUAAAAAGCUGGAUGGAUCCGCGGUGGGGCCGGCCGCAGGGUUUGAUCCACAGGCUCUGGACUUAUUCAGAGUGAAGGUCAUAGACUUUGGAAAUUGUUGCUUCACCAGUGACGAGCUGGUGGUGUAUACGCAAUCGCGUUGCUACAGGGCACCGGAGGUGCUGCUGGAGCUGCCGUAUUGUCAGAAGAUUGAUAUCUGGAGUUUGGGCUGCAUCGUUUACGAACUGUGGACGGGUGAUAUGUUGCUGGGUUGCCACUCUGUGCCCUCUCUUUUAGCGAAGAUGGUGGGAAUUGUAGGGCCUAUUCCGAACUACAUGGCAAGGAACAGCCCUCUCAAGCAUCAGCUGAUUGACGUCGAGGGGUACUUGUACCAGUUUAGGGAUAGCAUUGCAGAAACCCAAGAGCAACAGCAGCACCAGCACGCGAUUGGAUUCCAUGAACCCUCCGUCAACAUGGCCCUGCGAUCCUCAGAAGACACUCUUUUCAACGUUCUCCAGGACUAUAUGAAGCAGCGACAACGACCCGCAAAACUCCCCGACAGCAGAGGCAGAAGCACGAGCAGCAGCGCUUCAGCCAGCGCCAACCGCAUAAUCCGUUUCUUCAUCCCUAAGCGCACAAACCUCCGGCAACGCCUCCGCUGCAACGACUCAGUCUUCGUUGACUUCAUUGCUAAAAUGCUCCAAAUAGACCCUUGUCAGAGGUGGAGCGCUGAACAGCUCCUCGCACACCCCUUCCUACAACCAGGGAGAUACAUAGAUGGAAUCAAGGGUCCCUCAGACACCAGAUGA